AUGACUGCGCAGGUAACUGGAGCAGAGGAGCGGGCGGUGCAAGCUGCACCCCGCCCGGGGUUUUUGUACGGUAACGGUUUAAUUAUCUUCAAGAUAUACUGCUACUACAUCCAUCAAAAGACAUCCGUCACAGCUGAAUCUCUCUCUGGAAGAUCUUGGAAGAACUGAAAGCAGAGUUCCCGCCCGGUACAGAACGGUCCUGCAGAAGAUAAGCAAGGCAGCUGUAGCUGCUUGGACCAGAAGCCCGCCCGCGAUACGACGCUAUCAACGCGAGCGGAACUCCCUCAAGAUAUGAUAUUUUUGUUCCAUGUUCGAACUAUCUGCGAGCCACCGUCCCAGCACGCUAAUGCUCCGAUAGUGGACAAUAACCUCCUCAUUAUCGCCCAAUUUCCAAGCCCUAUCUUUAAGUUUUAUCUCGAUGCAAAUUUAAUACGGACGACUUACUACUCCUCAAGAGCUCAGAGAUAG